GUUUUUUGUUGUUUGCUGUUGGAGUUUGAAAUGUCAGAAACGGUGGAUGAGCUGCGAUCACAGCUGGCUGAAGCCCAGCACAACCUGGAGGAGUUCCAGCAGGACAGCCGCGAGCUCGAAGCUGAGCUGGAGCGUGAGAUUGAAAUUGCACAAAAGCGGAGCUCUGAGCUCGAAGUGAAGCUGCGCCGCGCCGAGCUCGAGAGCGAGCAGCUCAGAGAUCGGCUGGCCAAGGCGCAGCAAGAGUCGGUCGCGUCGCAACGGACGAUCGACCAGCUCAAGCAAGUACAGAGCGAGCAAGCGCAACGGAUCCGCGAGCUGGAGCAGGCCAACGACGACAUUCAGCGGUCGGAGCGAGCGACCUCGGCGUUGCUGGCCGACGUCGAAGUCAAGUUCAAUCAGGCCGUCGAGCGCAUCGGCAUGCUCGAGGCAGAGAUGGAAGAGCAAGAUGCAAUGCGACAGGAAGCUCAGAGACACCGAGAUGAGAUUCGAGACCUCAAGCUCGACAUUGACGUGCUCAAACAACACCGUGCUGGCGACACGAGCGCGGGCAGCAAUCAUCCGCAGACCACGGCAAGCCAUCACAGUUCUUCCGUUGUUGACUCGCAGCUUGCUCUCGUGGAGUCCCUUCUGGAACGAGUGACGAACAUCCAAGCACAAGUCCAGUCGUGCAGCACGGCAGUGGCCCAUGUUGUUGGUGCUGGUAGUCGUAGUUUGAUAUCGGAUGCUUCUGCUGCCGGCUCUAGUUUGCCAGAGGAGAGCUUUUGAUUGCUGCUCGAGCGGAUGAUCGACCCAAAACCAAUGCAACAAAGAUUGUUUUCAAGCGCUCAAACCAACACA